CGCGUCUUGGUUCCACGAAUGUCCUCGGCAGCAUCGACGUCCACACCCGUUGCCCACAAUGCUGUCCCCCCAGCAAUGGCCACGGCUGGCAGGUCCUCUCGCAUCGCGCCCCACUCGCAUAUCAAAGGGCUUGGAUUGACCCCAGAUGGCUCGGCUAACACCGAUGGUUCGGGGUUCAUUGGCCAAGUAAACGCGCGCGAGGCAUGUGGUGUCAUCGUCGAUCUCAUUAAGUCGCGAAAAUUCUCGGGACGUGCGCUUUUGCUCGUGGGUGCACCGGGGACAGGAAAAACCGCACUGGCGUUGGCCGUGUCACACGAGCUCGGCCUAAAAGUCCCGUUCUGCCCUAUGGUGGGUUCCGAAGUGUACAGCACUGAGGUGAAGAAGACGGAGGUUCUAGCUGAAGCUUUCCGUCGCGCGAUUGGUCUCCGUAUCAAGGAGACUAAAGAGAUUUAUGAGGGCGAAGUCACGGAAUUGACACCCACUGAAUCUGAAAACCCUCUAAGCGGCUAUGGAAAGACUGUGUCCAAUGUCAUCAUAGGCUUGAAAACAAUGAAGGGAACAAAACAGCUUCGCAUGGAUCCCGGUAUCUAUGAGGCCAUACUCAAAGAAAAAAUUGUCAUCGGGGACGUCAUCUACAUUGAGCAGCAGACUGGCGCCGUGAAGCGCGUCGGACGCUCUGAUGCAUAUGCUUCGUCAUUCGAUCUCGAAUCUGAGACAUAUGUACCUGUACCUAAAGGUGAUGUACACAAACGCAAGGAGCUAGUUCAAGACAUCACUCUCGGAGAUCUCGAUUCUGCAAACGCAAGGCCGCAGGGGGGACAAGACAUUAUGAGUGUUAUGGGGAGCCUCGUGAAGAGUGGCCGAACGGAGGUGACGGAUAAGCUGCGAAGAGAGGUUAACAAAGUCGUCAAAAACUAUGUCGAUCAAGGUGUAGCUGAGGUGGUCCCCGGUGUGGUCUUCAUCGACGAGGUGCACAUGCUGGAUAUAGAGUGUUUCACUUACCUUAAUGCACUGCUUGAAUCGCCCAUGGCUCCUACAGUCAUUCUUGCCACAAAUCGAGGCAAUUCUUUGGUCCGUGGCACAUCAGACAUUGUUUCACCGCACGGAAUACCCGUGGACCUACUAGACAGGUGCAUGAUAGUGAAGACAGAUGUCUACACGCGUGAUCAAGUGGGCAAGGUUGUUCAACUCCGUGCCAAUGUCGAAGGACUGCGCUUGGGCUCUGGAGUUCUGGAUCGAUUAGCUGGAGAGGGCGAGAAAUCUUCUCUGAGAUAUGCUCUUCAACUUUUGACACCUGCUUCCAUCCUUGCAACCCUGUCUGGACGCUCUCAGAUCGAGACGGAGGACAUCAGUGAAAUGGGAGAACUGUUCUUGGAUGCCAAAACUUCGGCUGCCAUUGUUGGGAACGAUGGCCGCUUCCUUGGUUAAUCUGACUCUGCCCGAUAAUGGUAUCUCCCUUGUUGUAGACUAGACGAUC